ACCAGAAACUGCGCCUGCGCGGGCGUCCUUCCUCGCCCAGCGACGCGACAGGAAGCGCCUCCGCAUUGGGCCCAGAGCGUCCUCCAGGACUUACCCAGCAGGCAACGCGGCAGUCUCGGGUCAAAAUGGCGAGCAGGUCUAGCGUUGCAGCAUCAGGCCGGUGGCUGGAGGGUAUUCGAAAGUGGUAUUACAAUGCUGCAGGGUUCAAUAAACUGGGAUUAAUGCGAGAUGAUACAAUACAUGAGACUGAUGAUGUGAAAGAAGCCAUAAGAAGGCUUCCUGAGAACCUUUAUAACGACAGGAUGUUUCGCAUUAAGAGGGCACUGGACCUGACCAUGAGGCAUCAGAUCUUGCCUAAAGAGCAGUGGACAAAAUAUGAGGAGGAUAAAUUCUACCUUGAACCAUAUCUGAAAGAAGUUAUUCGGGAAAGAAAAGAGAGAGAAGAAUGGGCAAAGAAAUAAUCAUGAAGUUGAAAUUUGUGGUUGCACCUGCCCUCAAACUUUUUGAGUAAACCUGAAAUGUACAAUUUAGAACUGAGCUGCAAAUGUACUACUUUAAAUAAAUGUCUGUUGUGAUUAUU